AUGUUCAGUUCCCGAUUUUCUAUCACUCUCAGAAGUGUGUUGCUGUUUUCAUUGCUCGGUGCCAUCACAUGGGCUCAGAUCACGCUCACGGGAUGCCAUAUCCAGGAAGGACAAGAAAUAUGUUUCCUUCCCGGGGGGACCAAAACCACAAUUAGCAGCAGCACUUCUACUCCAACUCCAACUCCAACGUCUCCAGCUUCAGUGACCGCGAAGACGACUGGAGUUGUGCAAACUACUGCCAUUACUGACUGCCACCAACAUGAUACUACUCAGUAUUGUGUAAAAGGCAAUGGCGAAGAGGUUCAGGUAUUAACGACUGCCACUGGUAGUGAAUCUCUGCCUACGGCUUACAAUGGCUGCCAUUCUCACGGCUCUACCAUGUUCUGCUUGAGACCCGAUGGUGCUGAAGUUGAGGUCUUGGGUUCUACUGGAGAGGUGGCUUCCACUGAACAGGAGAGUUCUGCUGAGUCUGAAGGUGGAGAGAAUUGCCACUUCCACGCCGGUGUUGAGCAUUGUGUUGGUGGUUCCGCCGCGGUAACCUGCGAGCGAAAAGAUCGCGAUUACAAUGUCAAACUCCGCAUUGGAUUGUUGUUUGUCAUUCUCUGUACAAGUGCAAUCGGUGUCUAUGCUCCAAUUUUUAUGGCGCGAGUUCUCAAGACCAAUGGAACUGGAAUUGUUUUUACCGUUGUUAAGCAAUUUGGAACUGGUGUCAUCAUCGCCACAGCCUUGAUCCAUCUUGCGACCCACGCGUCAUUGAUGUUUGGCAACAGUUGUCUUGGUGAAUUGAAAUAUGAAGCAGCCGCGACCGCUAUCAUGAUGGCUGGUGCAUUUAUCGCUUUCUUGAUCGACUUUACUGGUCAUCGACUCGCACAUUGGCGCCAGCAAUCCACUAUAGAAAGACAAACUGCCAGCAUCAGCUCUCGGGAUAACUCGCGUGACGAAGCAGCAGUAAAAGGCCACCCUACAUCUACGCUUGCGCACCUAAGCCACCACCACGACAUCAACAAUGUUGGGACCACCCACGCAAAUGAUGGUUUCAGUAUUUUCAUCCUUGAGGCUGGUAUCAUUUUCCACUCCCUUCUUAUUGGUAUCACAUUGGUGGUAGCAGGCGACUUAGUCUUCAUCACCCUCUUUAUCGUCAUCGUCUUCCAUCAGAUGUUUGAAGGGCUUGCUCUUGGCGCCCGGAUUGCAGUAAUUGAUGGUCUUCACACCAUCAAGUACAUAAUCCUUCCAAUGGCCUUUACGCUAGUUACUCCAAUUGGAAUGGCCAUUGGAAUCGGUGUUAUCAACAAAUUCAACGGUAAUGAUCCAUCGACCAUCGUUGCUCUUGGAACCUUGGAUGCCCUUUCUGCUGGUAUCCUUACCUGGAUCGGCUUCGUCAACAUGUGGGCUCAUGACUGGAUGUAUGGCGAGUUGAGAAACGCUGAGUUGACCAAGACUUUAAUCGCUUUAGUCAGUCUGAUGGGAGGCAUGGCGUUGAUGGGGCUCCUUGGAAAAUGGGCAUAA